AUGGACCCCAGUAUAGACUUCGGGGGCACAUGGGGCGUACAGACCAGGGCGAAGAAGAAGAAGGCCGGGAAGGCUGCCCCUCAGGCAAAAUGGGCAGAGUCAGACAACGAAGGCAAUGGAAACGCUGCCGGAGAUGAAGAUGGUACUGGUGCUGGUGGAGGUGGGGAUCAAGGUGGCAGUGCUGGCGGCGCUGGCGGCGGUGAUGACAACAACAAUGGAGGGGGCGAUGAGGACGAGUGGGAUUUUGGUGGCAGUAAGAAAAACAAGAAGAAGAAUAAGAAGAAGCAAGAGGAGGAAGAAAGGAAGAAGCAGGAAGAGGAGGAGCAAAAGAAGAAAGAGGAAGAAGAGGCUGCCAAUCCACUGAGUUGGGCCGACGAUGCAAACAACGCCGCGGCCGAAGAUGACUGGACAACCGGUUUCACAACGAAGAAGGAUAAAAAGAGUAAAAAGAACAAAAAGGGGGCCGACGAACCCCCACCAUCUGCUUCAGACCCUCCUCCUGGGGCGACCUUCCAAGACAUCAGCCUGGACGAUAGCGCACCAAAGCUAGAAUUUAGUUUUGGUGGCAAUGACGGCAAGAAGGACACAGGAAGCUUUGGUACCUGGGGUAAAACAUGGGAUUUUGGAUCUCUCGACACUGGAACAGGGAAAGCCGACGACAAGGCUUCUAAGAAGGAUAGCGACAAAAAGGACGAAUCGAGUGGUUUUGGGGACACCAACCCAUGGUCUUUCGGCAGCAAGUCAAAGAAGAAGACAACCACCUCAUACGGUUUCGAUUUCGGUGAUUUGGAUUCCGCCGACAAAGGUUUCGCUUUAGACGGAGACGUCGGCGAAGGCAAACCCACCGACGAUGCUUGGGGAUUUGCCACUGUCAACAAGAAAGACAAAAAGAAAAAGGAUAAUGGGUUUAGUGAGCCCGCAGUGGCUGACCCGGGCUCGAAAGAUGACGACCUUCUCGGUGCUUGGGGGACCUCAACUUCCAAGAAAGAUAAGAAAAAGAAAGGAUUUUUUGAAGAAGAUCCCGUUCCGCCGCCUCCACCACCCGCCCCAGUAGAACCAGAGCCUGCGGCGGCAGAGGAUGAAUGGUCAGCUUUCUCAACGAAGAAAGACAAGAAGAAAGGAAAGAAGGGGGUCAUAGAAGAACCUCCUGUGGAUACAAAGGCUGCUGCCGCCGCCGUCGGGGCCAUGGACAACAGCUUCGAAUGGGGCUUUGGGACAGGCAAAAAGGACAAGAAGGCGAAAAAGGGCGCUUUCGACGACUUCAAUGACCACGACGAUCUUCUUGCAGUUCCUGCUCCUGCCGUCGAGCCAACCUUUACAGCAGACGACGGUGACGAUUGGAUGUCUGGUGCAUGGGGAAAGAAGAAGGACAAGAAAGGAAAAAAGGCAGGAAUCGAAGAUUUAUCCGCUUCCAUCGACUUGAGCAAUGCUGCUGAUGCUAAGACGACAACGAGCGAUGCUCCGGCACUCGAUGAGCCCACCACAGCGAAGGGCAAAAAGGAUAAAAAGGGCAAGAAGGGGGCUAUUGUUGAAGAAGAGGAGCCCCCACCGCCCCCACCAGUUGAGCCAGUCGCUGAACCGGACGAUCUUUGGUCCUCAUUUGGGAAAAAGGACAAAAAGGGGAAGAAGGGCAAGGUCACAAGUCCAGAACCCUCGAUCCCAGACCCAAUCGUUGAGGUCGAACCCUACGAAGAACCGGCUAAGGAAGAGUAUGCUGACACUACUGGUUGGGCGAAUCUUUCCGCCAAGGAGCGGAAAAAGAAAGAAAAAGAGGCUAAGAGAAAGGGAUUGAUUAUCCCUGUCGACGAGCCUCCAUCGCAAGAGCCGGCUUCAGAACCAGUGCAGGAGCCGGAGCCUGAGCCGGAAGUUAUCAAAGGAGAUGACUCUUGGGGAUUUGGUGGUUGGUCAACAUCCACCAAGGACAAGAAGAACAAAAAGAAAAGCUUCUUGGAUUUUGAGGAGGAAGCCCCUCCUCCACCUCCAGAGCCAGAACCGGCUCCGAAAGAGGAGCCGGACACGGCAUGGGGCUUCACGAGCAAGGACAAGAAGAAAGGGAAGAAAAAGGGACCACAGGACGUGGUUGAAGAACCACCAGUUCCCCCUCCAGCUCCUGAGCCCGAAGACAAAAUAGAUGAUACCUGGGGAACGUUUACGUCUUCGAAAGACAAGAAAAAGAAGGAGAAAGAGGCGCGGAAGAGCGGGUUUCUCGAUGUCAUCGAUGAGCCGGCCGCGCCUGAACCUCAAGUUGAGCCUGAGGUCAAGGACAGCGAUGUCUGGGGUCAAUGGGGUCCUACCACUUCUAACGACAAAAAGAAAAAGUCCAAGGACGCUAAGAAGAAAGGAGGAUUCUUCGAUAUAGAUGACGACCCCCCUCCACCCCCGCCUGAGCCGGAACCCGUGCCAAUUGUAGAAGUUGUGGAAGAAGAUAACUUCUUCGCACUCUCAGCUAAGGAACGGAAGAAAAAGGAGAAGGAGGCAAAAAAGAAAGGAAUUGCAGCCGCAGUUCCUGAGCCCGAGCCCGAGCCCGAGCCUAUUGUUGAGCCAGAGCCUGUGGAAGAGAAGAUUGACAGUACCUGGGGCACCUGGGGAACGACAAAAGACAAGAAGACGGCCAACAAGAAGAAAGGAGUCAUCGCCGCCAUUCCCGAGCCCCAGCCCGAGCCUGAGCCUAUUGUAGAACCAGAACCAGUGGAGGAAAAGCCCGACGAUACCUGGGGAUCUUUUGGAACAACGAAGGACAAGAAGAAGACCGCGAAGAAGAAGGGAACCACCACCGAAAUUCCACCCCCGGAGCCCGAGGUCAUUGUCGAACCAGAACCCGUGGAUGACACCUGGGGCACCUGGGGUACCGCGACGAAGGACAAAAAGAAAGGUGCUAAAGACUCUAAAAAGAAAACUAUCGCCGAGGUCGAGGAGCCUCCGCCGCCAGACAAACCUGAGGCUCCUGCCGAAGAUGACAUCUGGAGCUCCUGGGGAACAAAAGACAAGAAGAGCAGCAAGAAGUCGAAAGCAAAGGACGAUCUUCCACCGCCGGCACCAAGUCCCCCAGCUCAGGGUCUCACUCCGGAACCUGAUUCGGCGGAGAUAUUAGAUGACGAUCUCGGAGGGGACAAUUGGGCAGGUCUGACCAGAGUGAAAAGCAAGGCAUCGUCGAAGAAGAGCACGAUUUCGAAGACCUCAACUGGAAAGGACAAGACGAAGAAGACCAAGGAGGUCGAAGAGCCUUUCGACAUUACACCGCCUGAGGAACCAUUGCCAGAAGUGACUCCAGCGAGUGUUACAAAGAGCAUGUGGGGUUUCGGGGCCUCGACGACAACCGCCAAGUUGACCAAAAAAGAGAAGGAGGCCAAGGCGAAAAAGGAAGCGGAAGAGAAGGCCAAGGAGGAAGCGGAAGAACAGGCCAGAAAGGAAGAAGAGGAGAGGCUUGCUCGCGAGGCUGAGGAGGCAGCGAAGAGCAAGAAGAAGGUCACCAAAUCGUCCAAGACCGACGCGAAAGCCAGCAAAACGAAGGAUGCAGACGAGCUCUUUGAUAUGUUUGGCGAGCCACGCAGACAUCCAAAAGAAAAGAACGAGGACGACUAUUUUGGCACCUGGGGUAGCGCGUCAACAUCCAAGAAGACAGCUGGCAAGAAGGACUUGGACUUGCAAAAGGAAAUUACCCAACAGGGGUGGCCCGAUCAGGAUGACGCGCUAGCCGACUUCUCAAGGGAUCUCGACUCUGGAUUUGACUUUGAGAAGCCUUCUUCUACUUCAAAGGCCGCAAAGGCAAUGCUCACCUCCACAAAGACAAAAACAAGCUCCUCUGUCGCCGAUCGCAUCAAAGCUCUUGAGAGCAAGAAGAAGUCCAAGACCGAGCCUGCGCUGCUGACUAAGGAGCUGCCUCCACCAGACGACGCGCCAUCGCCCAAAGAGGUAAAGGCGAAUAUCGACAAGGCACCAGCCUCGAAGACGAAGACUGCUGUUGCCACCAAAACGACGAAGACAUCCAAGAAAGACGCGUCCCCCGUCGCAGAGGAGAAGAGAUCAAAGGACUCCAUCCCUGGCAGCUUUCCCGGCGCGUUUGGCGACGACGAUUACGGCGACGACAUUCUCGAUCUCGACAAUUCACCCCCGUCGCCUGAAAAGCCCAAGGCGAAGGCCACCACCGUCGGUAAAAAGAGCACGAAGUCUAAGACCACCACGCCUAAGGAAUCAACAAUAGAGGACUUCGACCUGCCCGAGAAAGAAUCAGUAUCCAAGUUGCCGACGCCUCCCCCCGAAGAAAAGAAAACAACCAAGAAAGAACGCCCUCGGGUUGAACGAUCUGCAACCACUUCUUGGGGAUUCUGGGGUGCAGCACCUCCGCCGAAGAAAUCGACCAAAGAAAAGCCAAAGGACGAGGAGGACAUGCCGCCGCCACCACCCAAGAAAGAGAAAUCCCCCACCGGCCUGACCCGGUCUAAGUCGACUCGGACUCCAAAGGAAAAGGAACAGGAGGACAGGAAGGAAGCUGAAAAGCUCUCCAAGUCGUCUGGCUCUGACAAGGAGACCAAAGCUAAGAAAGCCGAGAGACCCAAGGCCGCCCGUGGGACUUCGUUUUCGAACUUCAUGUUUGGUGGACCACCACCAUCGGCAAUGCCGCGUCCCAAGACCACCAGUCGAAGACCAAGCAGUACGGGCAGUUCAAGACCUUCGUCGCGGCGUCAGUCCGUGGAUGGUCUCGCGUCACCCCCGCCUGAGGACGAACCUCACGUUACCGACAAGGCAGCCAAGCUGAUGGGUAUCAAGUCCAGCAAGGUCGAACGCCGCCCGUCAGUGAGGAGAUCUUCAACUGUUCCAGACCCGUAUCCCAUCGACGAUGAUGACAUGGUCAUGAUCCACACCAAUGACAAUGCUCCGCUCGUGAAUAGUGUAUCUCUGCCCGAAAAUCCGAGGUCUAAGUCUUCCAGAUCAAAGAAAGAGGUAGGUGCACAUCCCUCCUCAAAUCGUCUGGCCCACGUUUUCCGCCCUUCAUGGUCGCCGGAUUUCAAUAAGGAAGUUCAUGCUGACGGGCGGGUUUCCUACGCGCAGAUCAAAUCCCACAGCAAAACCAUGUCUCAUGACGAUGAUGUUGUGAUGGUGGAGAGCCCCACGCAUGCAGACCCGUUGGUCACGAGCGGGCCCGAUGAUAUGGCAUUUGUGGAUCACCCGCCCGUAUUGAAGAGAAGCAACACCGCCCCCCGAAAGUCGACAGGGCUUUUUGGCAGCUUCUUUGGCAGCUCUCGUUCCUUUGAAGGGGACAGACAGCGACAUCGGAGCCACACCCUGACAGACGCAGAAGAUCUACCUAUCAGGACCAAAGAUAAGUCAAAGAGGCGUUCCCGAGCUAUCGAUGGGGACGGAUUCACCACCGACGCGCCGGCUGAAACAGACGCCGACAUGGAAGUUCGACGUGCUGAAAGAAGAGCGAAGCGCGAGGCGCGUGACCAGGCAGAGGAAGCUGACCGCGUCGAGCGUGAGCUCAAACGGAAGGAGAGAAGAGAACGUGAAAAGGCGGAUCUCGAAGCUCGUCAACGCAAAGCUCGCGAGCGUGAGAGACGAGAACAGGAGGAGGAGGAGAGGCGCCGUGAAGAAAAGCGUGCUAGGCGUGCCGCCCGGGAAGCACGCGCUGCCCAGGAGGAGGCCGAUGCCAACGUGGAAGUGGAACGCCGGCGGGAAGAACGCCGACGACUCCGUGCUCAACUUGAGGCUGAGCAAGGAGUCAAUCGCGACGUUACAAAAGAUGACCGUCGCAAGUCAUAUUAUGCGGAGGAAGAAGAAAGAAGAAAACGGAAAGAAGAUCGGAAGCACCGGGACAGAGACGGGGAGAGAUCGAGCCGCAAGCGAUCCAGCGUCCUUGUUGAAGAAUAUCACGAAUCUCGAAGCGGCAGCGGUAAAGGAACCGCGCCUCCGGCCAACAAGACCAGCUCAUGGGUCAACUCCCAAGCCGACGAGCCACCCGAUCUGCCGCCUGUCGAGGGCACAAUUCUCGAUCCGAGUGGUGAAAAGCCACGAGCAGCGGACGAGCCUAAACGCAGCAGUCGCCAUCGGGACAAAUAUGCGGGCAUGACAGACGCCGAAAUCGAAGAAUACCGUGCUCGGCGGAAAAGCUCGCGUCGUGUUGAGGGCAAGUCGGCCAGUGGCGGCAGUGACGAGCGAGACAAGGAUCGAGAUCGGAGAGAACGACGUCGUCGCAGAGAUCGCGAUCAGUCUGAUGGGCGCGGUUACGGGUAUGACGAGGUCCCCGUCAAGACUUGGGACGGGCGUCCAGCCCUGGGCGGGAGGAAUGACAGCAAGAGAAGGAGCUUUCUCGGAGGCCUUUUCUGA